AUGUUUGAAGAGUUCAAGAAGACGAUGGUUCGUGAGUUCGAGAUGACAGACAUCAGAUUAAUGUCAUAUUAUCUUGGAAUUGAAGUAAAUCAAAAGGAGGAAGGAAUUUUCAUCUCACAUAGUGGUUUUGCCAAAGAGGUCCUGAAGAAGUUUAAGAUGGAGAACUAUAAUCCCGUGAGCACACCAGCAGAGUGUGGACUGAAAUUAUCCAAGGAUGACAAAGGAGAGAAGGUCAACUCAACGGAGUUUAGAAGCCUGGUGGGAAGUCUGAGAUACCUGACUUGUACCAGACCAGAUAUUCUCUACUCAGUUGGAUUAGUCAGCAGAUACAUGGAAGCGCCAACUAUGUCACACUGGAAUGCUGCAAAGAGGAUACUACGCUACAUUAAAGGUACAAUCGAUCAUGGUCUAGUUUAUACUAAGUCAGAAACUUUCAAAUUGGUUGGAUACUGCAACAGUGAUUGGGCAGGAGACAUGGAUGAUCGCAAGAGCACUACAGGAUUUGUAUUUUUCCUUGGAGAUACAACUUUCACAUGGAGUUCAAAGAAGCAAGCUAUAGUGACACUGUCUACUUGUGAAGCUGAGUAUGUUGCGACAUCGUGUGCGUGUCAUGCGAUAUGGCUGAGAAAGUUGCUGAAGGAGUUGAACAUGACACAGGAAGAGUCAAUUGAAAUUUUUGUGGAUAACAAGUCUGCCCUGGCGCUAGCGAAAAAUCCGGUGUUUCAUGAUCGCAGUAAGCACAUUGUACGAGAUAUCAUUUCUUACGAGAGUGCGUGGAGCAGAAAGAAGUGA